UUGGCGCAUGCGCAGAUUGGGGAAGGUUCAGGAAGACGGUGGAGCUGCCGCCAUUUUGCGGGAAGAGGAGUAGCUCUAUCUGCACUGGUGCUUUUCUUGCCUAGACUGUAGGAAGUAUCCGAGCUUCACUCCCUGCAACAUACUCAAAGGAACGGAGAGAACCGGGACAUCCCUGCGGGGACCCGGAACUGAUCUGACAGAAUGGCAUCUGAUGACUUUGAUAUAGUGAUUGAGGCCAUGCUGGAAGCUCCCUAUAAAAAAGAAGAGGAUGAGCAACAAAGGAAAGAAGUCAAAAAGGAUUAUCCUAGCAAUACCACCAGCAGCACCAGCAACAGUGGCAGUGGGACCAAUGGAAGCAGCACCAUCAAGGAGACAAGCAAGAAGAAGAGGAGUCGGAGCCACAGUAGAAGCAGGGAUAGAAAGCGCAGUCGUAGUCGAGACCGGGAUCAGCAUAGACGGAGAAACAGUCAGAGUCGAAGUCGAGAUCGGCAGCAUCAUCACCGUAGCCGUAGCUGGGAUCAUCGACAUAGUGAGCCACGAAGUCGGGACCAUCGUCGUGAGGAUUGUGUGCACUACAGGAGUCCUCCACUUGCCACAGGCCAUAGGUAUGAACAUAGUAAGAGUCCUCAUUUCAGAGAGAAGAGCCCAGUCAGGGAGCCAAUUGAUAAUCUGAGUCCUGAGGAGCGUGAUGCCCGCACAGUUUUCUGUAUGCAGUUAGCUGCCCGCAUUAGGCCUCGAGACCUGGAGGACUUUUUCUCUGCUGUAGGCAAGGUUCGUGAUGUACGUAUCAUCUCAGAUCGGAACUCACGCCGUUCUAAGGGCAUUGCUUAUGUGGAAUUCUGUGAAAUCCAGUCUGUGCCACUGGCCAUUGGGCUAACUGGGCAACGGUUGCUGGGAGUGCCUAUCAUUGUACAGGCUUCACAGGCAGAGAAAAACCGACUGGCAGCCAUGGCCAACAACCUGCAAAAGGGCACUGGUGGACCAAUGCGCCUCUAUGUGGGUUCCCUGCACUUCAAUAUCACUGAAGACAUGCUUCGAGGCAUCUUUGAGCCCUUUGGCAAAAUUGAUAAUAUUGUCCUGAUGAAGGAUUCAGAUACAGGCCGCUCUAAAGGUUAUGGUUUCAUCACGUUCUCUGACUCUGAGUGUGCCCGGCGGGCCAUGGAUCAGUUGAAUGGCUUUGAGCUUGCUGGUCGACCUAUGAGGGUUGGCCAUGUGACUGAGCAACUGGAUGGUGGCACAGACAUCACUUUCCCUGAUGGGGACCAGGAGCUGGAUCUGGGAUCAGCAGGUGGAUGUUUGCAGCUUAUGGCCAAACUGGCAGAAGGCUCUGGAAUACAACUGCCAAGUACCACUGCUACUGCUGCUGCUGCCGCCGCCGCCCAAGCUGCUGCCUUGCAACUGAAUGGAGCAGUUCCCUUGGGCGCCCUGAACCCAGCAGCUCUGACUGCUCUGAGUCCAGCCCUGAACCUUGCCUCCCAGUGCUUCCAGCUCUCCAGCCUCUUUACCCCCCAGACCAUGUAAAUUGGUGGCACAGCAGACUUCCUCCCUGUGCCUCUGGGUCCUGCUACUUCACAUCUACUCUUCCAUGGCCCCAUCUCUCCAUUUUGUGGACCAAGCCAUCCUGAGGGCAUGGACAUUAUCUCUGAGGGAAUUGGGGUCACCCUUAAGACACCAAGAAGAGCUCCUGCCCCACUGGAAAUGGACUCUGCUGAGCAAAGCGCCCAGUUGAAGAAAGCAGAAUCUAUACCUGCAUUGAGUACCUUUUUCUCCAUGUGUAUUGUCUCUGAGAUGACCUUCUUGCUCUUUCCUACACCCUAAUGAUUCCUCAAUUCCUCCCCCAUUGGGAAGGCCAUAGGGCAUUAACUGAAGGCACUGACCUGUCUCCUUUUCCUGUACCUUUAUCCUUCAGUCUGUCAAGGAAAACCCUUAGGACCUCUGAAUCAAGAGGACUGAGUUUGUGGGGUGAGCCUUGAAGGUGCUCUUUUACUACUGCAAGGGCCCUAGAAGAUAGCAUGGAUUCGUGCGUUGAGAAGCCAACCUCAGACCUUAGCUUGAUGCAGUUCAAGGCCAGACCUACUGUAGACUUAGCCUCUUGCUAGGAGGCAUGGGAGUGAUCUAUCCUGCCAGGCAUUUAGGGGCUUUCAAGAAUUUAGUAAGAGGUGGAGUGUACCUUUCCAGUGUCUUCCAUCUUCCUUUGAAUACUUGUCCUUCCUCGUAGGUCCUCCCUUUGGCCCAGGGUGGGAGGAUGGAGGGAGGCUGCUACUCUGUACCACUUCCUGUGUGCCUCUACUGUGGCCUCAACCCUGGCAGUUAAAGCUGCUCCCAUUUCCUACCUGGGCAUGUGUGAGCCCUUCUCACUGGAUUUUAUCCUCUUGUGUCUGUGUACAUAAAUGUGUUUGUGUGUGUGUGUGUGUGUGUGUGUGUGUGUGUGUGUGUAUAAAAACUUUGUACAAAAGGCAAGCCGCCUCCUUGUGGCAGCUGUUGCCCAUUUGUGUGUGGUCUCUGUUGUGUGUCUGACAACUUCUUAAGAGCCCAAACCAUGAUGUUUCUAGGGAUUAUAAAAGAUUAGUAACACCAUUGUGUUUUCUUUUCUUUUUUUUUUUUGAGACAGAGUUUCGCUCUUGUUACCCAGGUUGGAGUGCAAUGGCGCGAUUUCGGCUCACCGCAACCUCCGCCUCCUGGGCUCAGGCAAUUCUCCUGCCUCAGCCUCCUGAGUAGCUGGGAUUACAGGCACGCACCACCAUGCCCAGCCAAUUUUUUGUAUUUUUAGUAGAGACGGGGUUUCACCAUGUCGACCAAGAUGGUCUCGAUCUCUUGACCUCGUGAUCCACCCGCCUCGGCCUCCCAAAGUGCUGGGAUUACAGGCUUGAGCCACCGCGCCCGGCCGUGUUUUCUUUUAUUUAUUUUAUUUAACCAACUUUAGAAAGAAAAAUGAAAACUCAGCCAGGCAUGGUGGCUCACGCCUGUAAUCCCAGCACUUUGGGAAGCCAAGGUGGGCAGAUCAUGAGGUUAGGAGAUCGAGACCAUCCUGGCCAACAUGGUGAAAUCCUAUCUCUGGCUGGGUGUGGUGGCUCACUCCUGUAAUCCAAGCAUUUUGGAGGCCAAAGCAGGCGUAUCACCUGAGGUUGGGAGUUCAAGACCAGCCUGACCAACAUGGUGAAACCCCGUCUUUUUUUUUUAAAAAAAAAAGAAAUCCUAUCUCUACUAAAAAUACAAAAAUUAGCUGAGUGUGGUGGUGGGCGCCUAUAAUACCAGUUACUCGAGAGGCUGAGGCAGGAGAAACACUUGAACCCGGGAGGUGGAGGUUGCAGUGAGCCGAGAUCACUCCACUGCACUCCAGCAUGGUGACAGAGCAAGACACCAUCUCAAAAAAAGAAAAAUGAAAACUCACAGAAUGGGUUUCCCAUUCUGUAUCUGCAUUACACUCUCGAUCCUAUGGUUGUCUUCUCCAUCUAUCGGCAUCUUUACUAUCUCCAUCCCAACCUACCCACUGGACAGCUUUAGACUUACGGGCUGCUCCUCUGUGCUUAAGGACAAAUCUUAUUUUUCCAGCAGAUGGCACUAUGACAGUACUACAUUCUGUACUUUUUUCCUUGGGUGUGGGGGGAGGUGGGUUGUGAUCUUGAAGAGCUUAAGUACCAGAGAGGCUACUAAGCUCAGCAUUCUUACUCUAUUGGCCUUUGUACUUACCUUUGAACCUCUUUGUAGUAGCAAUCCCAGUCCAGUAUCCAAAGGGGUUUGGGUCUUGCAUAAUACGGCAGGGUUCCCCUGACCUGAUGUCUGCUAUUGUUCCUCUGUCAGUCCCCUCAACCCUUGCUUUCCAUAUGGCUCUGCCUGGGAUAACAGGCCUGGGACCAGUGAAUUCUAGGGAACUGAGUAUUCUAGAAAUACCUCUGAAAGGUAAGGUGUACCUACCACUGCCUUAAAAUAAGUGGGUGAGGGAGAGGCUUUCUCACUGUGCUUAGGGACCAAAUGAAAGGAGGACUGAAUUUAGGGGCAGGGCUCUGUGGGGCUCCUUUUUUGAUCUCUAUGGCAACAAAAUGCUAAGAAUUUCUUCUGCUAAAAAUAUGAAUAAUUGCUGUUGGGUUUUAAUUUGUCAGCUCUCAGACUUCUAAGCCAGUGAUGUUAGCCUCCGGGGUUGCUUUUGACAUGAAAUCAUUUAAGUACUUGAAGGCUGCUUGAGUCAGAAAAGGCCAGUGGGACUCUAGCUCCUAAGUCUGUUUACUGCUUCUAUAACAAUACCACAGACUGAGUAAUUUGUAAAGAAGUGUAUUUCUCAUUACUGGGAAUUUCAAGAGCAUGGUGCCUGUAUCUGGUGAGGGUCAUCCCAUGGCAGAAGGGCACAAGGUAGAAAUGAGCACAUAAGACAAAGGGACCAGGGCCCAAACUUGCUUUAUAACAGCUCUCUCGUGAUAACCUGCUCCUGUGAUAGUGACAUUAAUCCAUUCAUGAGGGCUCUGUCUUUAUGACCUAGGCACCUUGUAUUAAGCCCCAUCUUCAAUACUGUUGCUGCAUUAGGAGUAAAAUUUCCACUGUGAACUUCUGGAGGACACAUUCAAACCACAGCAUUUGAUUCUUGCAGGCCUGGAUCUCACCUGCUGUUGCUGUUCUGGCUACCACCCCCAUCCCUUCCCCUGUCCUAUCCUAGUUUGCUUUCUGGACCUGGGGAGAAGGGAAGGAGGAUGUGCUAUUUUUAGGUAGAAGUUGCUGGCUAUGGCCCAGUACCCCUACAGUUAUUGAUUUGGCUUCUAAUGCAUUUCGAGAAGUGCAGUGGGUACCAUUUUUGUUAGUCAUCCUGAGGCCAUGAACUGGGUCUUUUCACAGCUAGCUUGGACUCCUUCAUACUAUUGUAAAUGUCCACAGGCCUUGCCUCCUUGCCCUCUUCUGCUGGGUUUCCUUAUGUUUCCGUCGCUAGCUACUUUGGCCUUCCUACACUUGGAUCCUUCCACCUCAGUUCUUCUUUGUUAUUAGCUUCUCACACAGCUUCUUUCUGGGAGAGACACGAUAUUGGAAGUAAGGAAAUAUCUAAGACAAUUUCCAGUCUUACUCCAUAUAAGGUGAUGGUAUCUAGUGAGUGACAGUUGGUGUCGGUGUCUGUGACUCAGUGCCUUCUUUUUUUUUGAGACAGAGUUUUGCUCUUGUUGUUCAGGCUGGAGUGCAAUGGCGCAGUCUUGGUUCACCGCAGCCUCUACCUCCUGGGUUCAAGCAAUUCUCCUGCCUCAGCCUCCUGAUUAGCUGGGAUUACAGGCAUGCGCUACCAUACCCAGCUAAUUUUGUAUUCCUAGUAGAGAUGGGGUUUCUCCCUGUUCAGGUUAGGCUGGUCUUAAACUCCCAACAUCAGGUGAUCUGCUCACCUCGGCCUCCCAAAGUACUGGGAUUACAGGCGUGAGCCACUGCUUGGCUGACUCAGUGCCUUCUUGUUAUUCAUCCCUCCAUAGGAGGUGGUUAGAGUGGAGAGAAGCAGGCAGUGAACAGAUUCUGGGCCCAGCUUAAGGUUAAAGAAACCCCUCAACAUCUACCUGCACAUGGUGGCAAGGGAGGGGGAAGGUAGGGGUGACAUUGUGGCUUAAAUCCUUUUCCAGCAUAAAUUUCUCUACCAGUUCUCAGUUCCAAAAAGGAUUCUCACCUGAUUUUUGGCUUACAGUCUAUAUAUGCUUCUAUAUUCUCUCUUUUUUUUUUCCUGUUACAGCAUGCUUCUAUAUUCUCAAAGGUGGUGGCAUUUCUUCCCUGUUCUUUAAACUGCUGUGCUCUUGACAGGAAUUCUGCUUACUUCCUCAGGCUCCCAACAACUCCCAAAUAGGAGUUACCAGUAGAAGCAGAGGCUUGACCUGUGAACCUUUAGUCCUGGAGCAUAUAAUGAAGGGAAUUGAGUAAAAACUUGAAGGAUGGAAUUAUAUCACAGUCCCUCUUUUCCCUAACUGCGUUAGUGAAAAUCAGGCAGCAACACUUGGACAGUGAAGAGACUCUGAAAGGUGAGGUGAUAGGAGGUGGCGUAAUGGUAGUUGUUAACAUUUAUGCAAGGCUUGUUGUAGGUUAGGCACUCAAUCAUUUUAUAUGUAUUAAGUCACCUAAUCCUCACGACAACUCUCAAAAGUAGAUAAUUUUAUUAUCUUUACUUUGUAAACAAGGAAACAUAUCCAAAAAGGUUAAAUAAUUUUUCCCAUGAGCACAAAGUUAGCAAGUUAGGGAUUCUAAUCCAAGUACUCUGUCUUCAGAUUACUUACUCUUAACCUUACCUGCCUCUCAGCACCACUGUGGAAGACAAGGCCUUGGAGUCAGCAAGGAAGUGUCACUUUUCCUAUCCCUACUCCCAUAGCUCUCAGUAGACUCAGAAUUUUUCAACUGCCACGUCUUUGCUUACCUUGUUCUUUCUUCCUUUCCUCUUCCUCCUGAUCAAAGUCCUGUCCUUUAAGACACUAACUAACCAGGCAUGGUGGCUUACGCUUGUAGUCCUAGCUACUGAGGAGGCUGAGGCAGAAGAAUCACUUGAACCUGAGAGGUGGAGGUUGCAAUAAGCUGAAAUCAUGCCACUGCACUCCAGCCCAGGCAACAGUCUGAGACUUCAUCUCAAAAAAAAAAAAAAUUAAUUUAGGCCAGGUGUGGUGUCUCAUGCCUAUAAUCCAAGGGAUUGGUGGGCAGUCACCAAUUGGGAGGCUGAGGUGGGCAAAUCACAAGGUCAGGAGUUAAAAGACCAGCCUGGCCAACACAGUAAAACCCUGUCUCUACUAAAAAAAUACAAAAAAUUAGCUGGGUGUGGUGGCAGGUGCCUGUAAUCCCAGCUACACAGGAGGAUGGGGCAGGCAAGUCACUUGAACCCAGGAGGUGGAGGUUGCAGUAAGCCAAAAUUGCGCCACUGCACUCCAGCCUAGGUGAUAGUACGAGAGAGACCCCAUCUCAAUAAAAAAAAAAAAAAAACCUGAAGCUUUUCUAGUUGGAGAUAAUCUCUUUUCAGUAUUCUUUGUCCACUUGUGGGUCAUCUUACUCUGCUUUUAUUUAGUAAAUAGUUUCAAUAAAAUUUAUUUAAUUGAAAACUACGUUACUGGAUGGUUAUAGCCUGAUGAGGCCAGCCCUAGAUGUCUUUCUUAGGAUUGCUUUGUUUUGCACAUAUUAAGUGUCUGUGGAAUUGAAUUAAUGCUCUCUGUGUUAAAAGUCAGCACCAGGAUGUCCCUUCUAGGCUGUUUUUCCCAGUAGCCUCAUCCUUUUCAAAGGAUGUCCCUUCUAGGCUGCUUUUCCCAGUAGCCUCAUCCAUUCUUUCCUCACUCUACCAAGAGAGAAGUUGCAGCUUUACUCUUUUUGACGUUACCAUGGUAGCCUGUGAUACUUUCUUUCCAAAGUACUGUUUGCCAUCCACCAGUUUGAUGUUUCCAUGGCAACCAGGUAAAGGAAAUAGUCACGAGCUGGUUGCAGAAAAGGAAUUCAAGUCUGAGAAGCUGCAUAUCUGAAUCUUCUGGCUUCAGACUUCCUUUCCCCUCUCUCCUAACUUUUGCGCUUUAUAUCCAGGACCGGUUUGCUUUCCAGUGUGCUCUUGGUUAAGAGUGCUCUGAAAGUGAGUUGAGGCAGACCAGCCAAUUUAGAUCAUGUGGGAAGGUGGGGGCAAGGAAAGAGCUGAUCAAAGAUCACUUCCAAAAGUUGGAUGAAGUCUCUUAGUUGUUCAGAUGAUCUGCUCUCAAGAGCCCUUAAGGAGUUGGCUGGAGUUGCUGGAGAGCCAUUAAGCAGUUAUUUUUUUUAGAGCAAUGGGUAGAUGGGUGAGGUGCCUGACGACUGGAAAGGAGCCAGUCAUUGCCAGAUUGUAGAAAGGGGAAACAGUGACCUUGGAAAUUGGAGACUUGUCAGACUUGCCAAUGUUUCAGAAAGUAUGAGAGUUUCAGUCAGCCUUCAGGCACCAGGAAGCCUACUUGUUUAGAAUUGGUGCUGAGAAUUCACCUCAACUCCUGAGCACAAGCAAGCUAGGGGACCUCCACCCUGUAGCCAGGUGUCACACUGGAACCAUACAGCAUCGUUCAGAUUCCUCUUCCCUCACAAACUAGCUGAGUAAGCUGGGGUAAGUUACUUUACUUCUCUAACUCAUACUUCGUCUAUAAAAAGAAAAUGAUAGUACCUAUCUCUUAGGAAUGUGAGGAUUCAUUGAGAAAGGUUUGGAACUUGGCUUAUUACUGUCCUUAGUAUUCCCCUUCCUUUGGAUGCCUACUCACUUGAUUUUCUAGCUGACUUCAUUCUCCCCAACUAAAGAGAAUGCUCAAGGUUUAUGGGGAGAACCAAGGGUGGUGCAAUGGUGAAAAUAAAUCUUCAUUUUAAAAUAAAUAAAUUGUUCCUGGGCUAAAGCCCCAAGCUCACAAGGUCUUGGGUCACAUAGAACCUGCCUAGUUUUCAGGAAAACAAAUCCCACUAGCCCAAUCUGUUUAUGCUUGAGACUCUGUCCAUAUAGUUAGAUUUUAACCAGAUGGUUUUGAAAAAUCAAAAUGAGCGCCCCUCACUGGUACCUUCAAGGGACUUAGCUUUGUCUGGCAGGGGAAAAAUACCAGAGCACUCUGUUUUGUUCUAAGACAGGGUCUGGCUCUGUUGCCCAUGCUGGAGUGCAGUGGUGCCAUCACAGCUCACUGCAGCCUCAACCUCGUGAGUUCAAAUGAUCCUCUUGAUUAGCUGGGACUAGAGGCAUGUGCCACUACAUUCAGCUAACUUUUGUAAUUUUUGUAGAGAUGGGGUCUUGCUAUGUUGCCCAGCUGGUUUCUAAACUCCUGACCUCAGGAUUAUAGGUGUGAGCCACAACUAGCUGAGAGCACCCUCUGUUACCACCCUUUCCUUAGUGUCCCUCGUAGCAUCCCCCAAGCAUUCCCGAACCACCUAUCCUUUAUUGGUAUCCAGAGCCUAGCCCUAAACUGGCACUUUCUGAAUAUUUAUUUUUAGACAGAGUCUCACUCUUGUUGCCCAGGCUGGAGUACAAUGGCGUGAUCUCAGUUCACCACAAUCUCUGCCUCCCGGGUUCAAGCCAUUCUCCUGCUUCAGCCUCCCAAGUAGCUGGAAUUACAGGCAUGUACCACCACAUGGCUAAUUUUGUAUUUUUAGUAGAAAUGGGGUUUCUCAUGUUGGCCAGGCUGAUCUUGAACUCCCGACCUCAGGUGAUCCACCUGCCUCAGCCUCCCAAAAUGCUGGGAUUACAGGUGUGAGCCACUGUGCUCGGCCUUAUUUAUUUUUUAAAGACAGUCUCACACUGUCACCUAGGCUGGAAUGCAAAGGCGCAAUCUCCACUCACUGCAACCUCUGCCUCCUGGGUUCAGGCGAUUCUCCCACCUCAGCCUCCUGAGUAGCUGGAAUUACAGGUACCCACCAUCACACCCGGCAAAUUUUUGUAAUUGUUUUCGUUAAGACAGGGUUUCACCAUGUUGGCCAGGUUGAUCUCAAAGUUCUGACCUCAAGUGAUCUAUCCACCUGGCCUCCCAAAGUGCUGGGAUUACAGGCGUGAGCCACUGUGCCCAACCUGAAUAAGUAUUAAAUCAGCACAGGUCCUGUGCUUAAAGUCAAGUUAUACUUUGAACACAAAAAUGGAAAAUCGUGCACUAAAAUACCAUCAUGGAACUUCAGUUGCCAAUCUUUCCCCCAACUCUCCACCAAACAACAAAACCCAACAAAGGGGUGACUCCUUAUGGGAGGCAUGUUGGACCCUGUAGACAGUAACUUAAAUUUAUAAUCUCCAAAUGGUGGUGUGUUCUGAGAGUUUAGCAAGCUGCUUUGAUGCCUAAAUAAAGGGCCAGGACAUAGGAUGCAAAAGGCACUACUGCCUCCACUGCUCCUCUGUAUAAUGCUUGAGAAAUUACAAAGAUCUUUGCUCUUUUAUUUAGUCCUAAAGACUUCCCUACAAGGUAGGUAUUCUUCAUUUUUGAGUUGGGAUAGCACAGCUGAGGUUCAGAAAACCCAAGAGGUUAAUAGUGACUUCAUCCAGGAAGCAUCCUUAGCAGGAACUGAAAAGCAUUCAAGGGCUUACUGAAUUUGCAUUCACAUCUGGAGUUUUCAAAACCAUUAAGCUGUGGAAACUUGAGAUCAAUAUUCAAAUAGACGAAAAGGGACCUUGAGCAUAUCCAUCAGAGAGUCAUCAAGAUGAUAAAGGCCUGAGAAGCAGUAUGCUUGUGUCCUGUUUGACGACCGCACCAGCCACCCAAAUUUUGCUGCCUUCUUUAUAGGAAGCGCCUUUUCCUCAUGUGGUGGGCUGCCUGCUGUUUCUCCUCUGUGCAGUUGCUUAUGUAGUCUGACCACAAGGAAUCUUUUUCCUUCUUUCUCUCAUCUAUCUAUAGCCUACAUAUACUGCAAGGCCCAGUUUCUAAAAUAUGUCUUCCAAAUUUACUGUUUCUUCCAUUCAGAGUUCCUGGAGCACGUGAGGUAGCCCCCAGUUACAUAGAAUAUGAUAUUGUUUGCUACUGUUACCUGUUUUGUGCUGUACUACCUGUUCCAUCUCCCCAGCUUAAUUGUAAGCUAUUUGAGGGGCAGAGAUUGUAUCUUAAAUGUAUUUGUUUUUCCCAUUGGGCCCAGCACAGUGAUUGGCAAAUUGCAGAUGUUGAGUCUUUGAGAGGAAGAAAUGUCUUCUGCAUUUGUGGAUGAAAGAUUAAAAUGUCCAGGAAAAAUCUACUUAGACUGAUAUGGAUUGAAACUGUUAGAUUUUAAUAAAAAGAUGUGUGUGUGAA